CCGAGCAGCAUGAGCCACAGAAGAUGCAAUAUUUGCGCUUUGGCGCUACCACUAUUCGUAUUCAUAUUUUACUUUUUAAUGGUGGUGCCGACGCCCUGCAAAUCCGCCAGCUUGGAAGUUGGCAAACAGGAGCAGCAGCUGCAAGAUUUGGAAACCAAGAUGGAUACAGGAGCUGGACCCUCAGAUGGUGAUACGUUUGGUAUAUCAACGGGACGCUUUGAGAAUAGACGCAAUCAAAGGUCAAUUGGAUUUGGUCCCAAAUCAAUGAAGAUCUCACGCUCUCGGAUACCAAUUGAAUUGGAUUUUCUUUUGGACAAUGACGACGAACGGCUGAAGUCCAAACGUUUCGAUGACUAUGGACACAUGAGAUUUGGUAAACGGGGCGGUGGCGAGGAUCAGUUCGAUGAUUAUGGCCAUAUGCGUUUCGGUCGGUAAACAUUUUGGUGAAAAACUUAGGGGUCCUUGAGUAAUUUGAUUUUGUAAAUAGCACAUCAACAUUCCAGUAUAAUUAUACUAUAUAUAUGUGCAAGCUUGAAA